UUCUACAUGAUUUAAUGUAACAUGUAAACACAGAACAGCUGUGUGUUUGUGAAGCGUGAAAAUACGUUGAAAGGAAUUGAUUCGGCAAGCAGUCUUUAUAAUUGAGUCUGUCUUCGUUUUAUCAUCAGAUGGAAAUAAUUCAUAGGUGCUAAAAUGGCAGGAUUAUCAAUUGAAAAUCACUUAAAAAUCCUUGCGCAGAGCACCAGUUCUCAACGUUACCGCCCCAUAUACGAAAACGUGCAACUCACUCUUGAUACUUUAGACACGCAGAAGUUAUCGUAUGCAUUCAAAGGCUGGCAAAUAAGGGAAAAAUGUGUGUCUGUGUUUAAAGAUGCAUUGGAGAGCCAUAAUCCAAACUUAAGCAAAAUUGCUCUUCAAGGAUUAGAGCAUGUUGUGUUCCAUCCUUACCUGGAUGGCAUCACUGGAGAAGAAGAACUGGAUGCUAUGGAUGCAAGAAUAUUUGUUUUACAGGUUCUGGAUUCCUUGAAAUGCUUACCACUGUUGAAUGCAGAACAGCAAGUCCAUGGGAUUAAAAUCUUACUUGGACUUUGUUGUGACUUUGUACCAAGUUUUGAUGGUGAACUAAUCAUUAAAAUCGUCCAGAUGUGCCUUGCAUGCUGGCACAAGGACAAGCCAAUGGUUCAUUCUGCUAUGCUCCAGCUCUGUGCUGCAUACACACUCCACACACAAAAGUUCUGUACAUCAAGUUGUAGUGGUAAGAACGUUGACAGUGGUGUGAUGUGUGCUGCUGAAUCUCUAUCAAGUCGUGCUGUGGAAAAACUUGCAAUAAAUGAUGUUAAUACAAAGGGAAACCAGGUAAACAACUUAGUGGAUGUAACAGGAUUAGCAAAGUUCUUUGCUCAACAAAUUGAGCGUUCUGAGUUCGAGUCUCAACAAGCAUUACACCUCGAGUGUUUGUUAUCGGUGCUGAAAACUUUGCGGUCGAAUUAUGUUCGAACCAACUCAACUUUUUGUCAUUAUGUGAGUCACAUCAUGUGCCCAUGCUUGACAUCUGUUCUAAGCAUUUCAAGCAAACGAAAAGUUGGCAAAAUAAAGAAGUCAAAACGGCGAAAAAUGAAAAACUUCUAUGUAACUCCUUCCCUGAUGGUGCAUCGUAAAGUAGCAAUGUUAUGUGUUGAACUCGUUCGUUUGUUGGGUUGUGUGGCUUCCAUGAGACCUCACAUAGCCGUCAUAUUCACCCACCUGUUGUCACCACCUGCGUGUAGAAGACAUGGAUUUCCAUAUACAAUAAUAAACCAGUUAUGGACGUCACCAGAUGUAUUGUACGACCUUGCUGGCCCUUUCUUGGUUCAUGACAUGAAGGGAAAACAAAACCAACAAAUUAUUCUUCAAAUAAUCAUCCAAGCGUUACUUUUGUCAAGCAUUGUUAGACGUGAAAACAGCACACAAAUGGAGAAUAUUCAGUUGUGUGUUUCAAGCGUGAAUCGACUGCUAUCCACCAUUGAAAGAGCUAGGAAGGGAGAGGGAUUAAGAACUGAACAAGUGACUCAUUUUUCUGAGCGCAAGUGGGAAAGUGAAUUAUCUGAUGAUGAGUUGAGUGGAAAUGAUGAGGAGGUUGUUUCUCCUAUACAGGAAGACAUGGAUCAGGAAGAUGGAUGCGGGGAUCAAGAUGUUGAAGAGGAGUGUAUGGAUGGGAAUGAAGAGGAAGCAGAAAUUUCCCAAUCCCAUGAGGAUAGUAUCGCAAGUGAUGAAUUGGAAAACUAUUUAUCAGAAGAAGGCGACAUCUGGGUGUCAUCUGAGGAUUUACGUCUUCCAUCAUCACCUUGUUAUCUAUCUGCAGCUGAGGAUCAAGAAGAUCUUCAAUCAUCAGGCACACCUCCCACAUCUAAGCUUUACCGCAUGAUGAGAUACUUCACACAUUCCCCAUUAUCUUACAACAAACACACAAGUGCUAGCACUACACCAACCACAUCUAUUGUGCAGGAAGAACAGCAGGAUUUAGACAAUGAAGAGAAUAUUGAUAAAUAUAUUGAAGAUACAGUUCUACCUAUGGAAAAUGCAGUGGAUAGCCAGCUUCUAGAUUCAGCUGAAGAAGAAAGGAAUCGCAUAUUAUCCCAACGUCACAUUAAUUCAUUGGUGAAAUUAUUGCCACAACUACUGGAUUGUCCAGAUGUUGCUUCUGUCGACCAAAUUCUACAAAAAGCGGCUUCCCAUUUUUGCUGUGAUAUGUAUGGAAGUUGGCAUAUUAAACCAAUGUAUGUACAAGCAGAUAGUUUAUAUACACUCUCAUAUUCAAUCUUACUUCUCUCACUACGAUUAAAGUUGAAUGGGUAUUAUGAUGGAACAAAUGAAACCCUGCCAUGUGUAAAGAGCCAAUGGGUUGGCUACCAACAAUCAAGUGGGGCUUACCUCAGCGCUUCUUGGUUGUCGGAAACUUUCAACUUAAUCAUAACCACUGAUCUACUUGGUGAUGCUGGAUAUAUCACAAACACUGCACCGAUGCUUGUAUGUGUGUUAACAGAUAUAGAUGGAUUGGAAGUUGACUCAAGUGAGAAAAAUAUCAAUAACACAGAUUCAAAUAGUAAAAAGAACAUUGCGAAACAAGCAGGAUCUGAGUUUGGUCGUCAAGUAUCUGUCGUCAUUUGGAAUAAAAUCCUCAAAAUCCUCCGUCAACCUCUCCGCAGCUGCAGGGAUCAGGAUGGGAUCGCAACAUCUCUCUUCCUCAUCCUCUCCCCAUCAUCUUUGAGGUGCAGGAGCGAAUACGAGCGAGAAUCUAUCGAUGCUGCCUUACAAGGAUUAAGAUGUGCUGUCAAACUUAGCUCACAGUUAGAGCUGUAUUCAUAUGCUGGUGUUGUAUUCACACAGAUGGUAGAAGCUUGCGUUCCACUUAAUUACUUCAACAAAACAACAGAUCCUGAUGACAGUGAUGAGUUACAACUCCACAUCUGCCAUGUGUUAUGUAUGGAUGCUGUGUUGGACGUUGCAUUACAAGUGGCAAGUCAUUCACCACAAUGUUGGGAAGCUUUCUUUAAAGUUGUAGCAUACAUAGCAUAUUUAGAUCAUGUUUGCUUCAACAAUCCAAAAGCAUCAAGUUUCAACCGUGAUGUUGGACCUUCAAGAAGUUCAUUGUUGAAUGAUACUGAUAUUCAAACCUUGGUUGAGGAAAACAGUUGUGAGUUAUCAUGGGAUACAUUGGCAUCUGGAGCAGCUAAAUCUACAAGUCUUGGAUUCUUGACACCUAUUCGUACAGUGCAAGCUGUUUGUUCUUUGUCGGCUAAAAUUGAAAAACUAUUGGAACAGGCUGCUGAACAGCUAAACUUACGAACUCUCACUGAUUUUAUAUGGCAUCUAUGCCAAGCAUCUAAUCAUCAACUGUUCCCUGCUGGUGGAAAAGUUGUUCAAAAUGUAAAAGAAAGUCGUGGCACCCCAUUAUUAUACAGAUUGGGUGAAUGUUUACUUAGAUGCACUAAGUCAUCUACAAGACCUCUACUUCAUAUUACUAAUGUUUGGCACUUUGCUGCACCACAUCUGUCUAAUGCAACAUGCCACCCUGAAACAGCGAUUGCAAAACAAUCUGUAUCUUUCAUCCACGAUGCAAUUCUCUCCAUUCUCUCUUCAUCUGAUCCCACAACAUCUCCGCAUCCUCUCACUCUUUGGAAGAUCCAGGAGCCAAAGUACUUUUACUUCAGCGAGGCUCUUCUUCGUCCUUUUGAAAGAUCGAUGCAACUCGAGAACUGUGAUGCUGUCAUCCAAGAUCAGAUCAUCAGCUGCAUCAGCCAGCUGGUUGAAUCCUGUUCAAACCAGUUAUGUUCCGGUUGGCGACCUCUCUUUAAUGCAUUACGUAAUGCAAAUGUUCCACAUCAGCGAUCUGCGCAACACUCUCCUGUGCUUGAUGUUUUGCAUUCAUUCUUCCUUGCUUCAAAGCAAGCAUCUAUAUUCGCAUACGCAGCUCAUGAUUGCAUCAAAUGCUUAAUGAAAAUACUUACCACAAAUGAAGAAAAUGGAUCCCGGAAAAUGACAGUGACAUCUGCUAGCCCCAUAUUGCAAUACUUAGAAGAAGUAGCAGACAUCUUGAUACGAAUGCACAACAAUAAAAGUUCAGAAAUGUUUCAAAACUCAAAAAUUGAUGUGACGCCAUCUUGUUCAGGUGAUGGGUCAGUUUGGUCAGCAUUAACCACACCAUGCUGGGAAGCUAAGGAAGGUUUUAUAGAAGAUAAAAUAACAGCUUUGUGUAAUGUAACUGAAAAGUGUUUCCCAACUAAAAGUUCAGAAGUUACUUCAGAUAAUGUAUUAAAGCCUACCCCACCACCCCACACACUUGUGGAUGAUACAGGUUUAUUACAUGUUUGGUUUGCAUUAAUGGAUGGGUUAACAACCAGUGUACUAACCAGCCAACAAUCAAUACAAGCGUAUGUGCUUCAAUUACUUUGUAAACAGCUGGAGAAAUGUUGGAAAGAACCAGGUCCCAUGCAUUGCUUCCACAUACUUCUCCACUCAUGUAUACCAACCUUAUACAUGUGGAUGAACAGACUUGUAUCUAUUGACCAUACCACAACUUUAUCAUCAAGUGGAAUCCUCAUGAAUUAUAAACUUAUGUUUGGAACAAUUAUGGAGAUGGCAGCAAACUAUAUAUCCAUGUUUUUGAAAUCACCUGACAACCAAGAAAUGGAAGAUAAAAAUUCAAGUCCCAUCAAUAAAGUUAUGGAGAACACAUGGAUUGCUUAUUUGAAUCUUUGUUAUGCUUGUAUUAAAACUAAGAAAGAACCUCUUGCUAAAUUAGGUUGUUCGUGUUUACGUCACAUGAUCAGCAGCAACUCCAGUCACAUGACUUCACGCAUGAUCGACGAUCUAUGCACCAGUUUACCACAUGCAGUGAAUGAAUGUCUUGCUCAUCUUAACAAUAUUACAUCCAUGUAUGAAGGUAGUAGUGGGAUGCUGGAUGCAAUGACAGUUGAAGUACAGGACACUGGGACAAAGUUCUGUGAUGGUUCUUUGCUAUCGAGGAUAUUCCAGGCUUGUUCAAAUAUUGCUCCAUCUCAAAAGUUUAAACACCAAGAAGUUACAAUUAUCAACCAAUCAUCUGAUGAACAACAUAAAACACCACUUUGUGAACUAGCAUGCGAUAUCUCAUCCACUCAACUAUUAACUCAAUGCAUUGAACUAUUAUUACUUGGUGAUGAAAAAGUAGUGUGGGAGUCUGCAUCAAGUGUGACAGCAACCUCUGCAAGUAACCAACAUGCUGCAUCAGGCACCACAUCUCUACAUUCAACUAUUGAAGGUGACGCACCAAAUUGUAAUGAAAAAACUGAUGGAAAGAAUAAUCAAAGCUUGCUCUACUAUAUGACUUCAACACAGGUGCAUGAACUGACCAGCAUUGUCGCAAAAGUUUAUAUUUCUGCUCGAAACUUUGACUCGAUUCCUACUUUACAACGUCUUGUGCAGAAACUUGCAAAGUUUUAUACUCCUGCUCAUUUAUACCAGUUCACUUCCAGCACGUUCAAGACAUACCUACGUAUCAUCUUAUCCAUAUGUUGCCAAUCCCUUACAACACACAGCAUUGAUUCCACUAAGUUCACUCCCUCCCCUGCAUCUUGCUUUGUUCGCAAAUCCAACUCUCUUCUUCAAGUGGAAAACAUUCUUCCAAGCUGCGGUAACAGCAAACUGAGACUCUACAAUGAGCUUAAAAGUGAUUCAAUGAACACUGCUUCUGACUCUGGCCAAUAUUUUAGCAACAAAUGGCCAUAUGAAGCUUUGUAUUGCUUAUUGCUUGAGAUAUGCCAACCUUGGAUUGCAUGUGCUAAUGUAACCUCACCAAGCAACGACUCUUUGCUGCUAUUGCAACAAUCGCCAACCAAAUCAACGGUUUCCAAUGUUUCAAGCAGUGAUACUGAAGAAAUACAGAGCCCAGUUAAGGAAUCAGUGAAACCUGACACCGAGAAAAAUGCAAUCAAUUUUGAUUACAUGACCUAUGUUAAAAAAUCUGACAUCAAAGAUACAAGUAGCACUGGGCUUCCAAAGCAGCCACUUACACAAUCAUGGAUGGACAAACGUGUUUAUAAAGUUGCCGGCCAGAAAACCAUUGGUUUGUUAGUGAGUGCAUAUAAGAAACACAAGCAAAAGCAAGGAGCAACUACUAUUAUUAAUCAGAACCCAGUGUCUAGUAACCGUAGCAACAAUAAUGCAACAAUUGAACACCAAUCAGAUGAAAGCUUUUCUUCUCUAACUUUGCCUGCUGAUAAUAAAUCUGUUGAACACGAGAUGUGGACCAAUACUGUCAUAGCAACUUUGCGGUUACUGAUCUCUGCCCCUGAUUCUGUUCUCAGCAAAUUGCUUCCAGUUUUGUACCAACCUCUUGCGACAUUAGCCACCAAUUCCAAGGACUCACAAUCCCCCAAUAGUAGUAGUACAGAGAUUGGUAGUAUGUUUCACACUUGGUUGCUCAGAGUAGGCGAUUUGUGCCAAAUUUUGACCGCGCAUGAUGCAGUUGAAUAAACUAUGCAUUUUUUUUCAAGACCAAAUAUUCUGUGGUUGGUACAGUUUUGUAAAUGCUUUCGAUUUUCUGCUGGAAAUUUUUAUCAGGUGUUGCACCAAGAUCAAAUUUAUACACAGAUUAUUAUCAAAUACUGCUGCCAAGAUUUUCUAAGAUGCAGUUUUCCUUGCACUUUUUUACUUUAUAUUCUGAAACUCAUUAUGGGUGCUGCACCCUGUUUAGUUCUGUGUUGUUCCGUCCUGUAAAUUCCGAAUUCUGUGUUUCUUUGCAAAGAACUUAGUGUAGUGCAAUAUUUUAUUGUAGUUUUUCAAGUGUGUUGUCUGUGCAAUUUAUUUGUAUCUGCUAUAUCUUCAUUGUUGUUUUUAAUGUUUUGUAAUCAUGCAGUUGACUUAGAAAGUGUAUUGUAAGAGAUAAAAUAAUGUUGGUUUUGUAAUUGUCAACAAAUAGAGACAUAUGUUACAAUUUAA